AUGACAGCUGGCAGCGAGGACGAGAGCGCAGAGGACAGCCUCCGCAGCGGCAGCAACCUCACGCUCGGCUCCCUGCACACGCUCACCGGCGUGGGCCACUGGGUCGUCCAGCAGAUCCGGGGCCAGCUGGACGCUGGCGGCGGCGAGGGCGGCGCGCCGCCGCCCAAGAGGCAGCGGGCUUCGGAGCCGGCGCCAACGCCGCAAAGCUUCCAGUGGUGGUACCUGGACGACAAGGGGAAGGGCGUCCAGGAGCGGAACGCCGCGCAGAGCUCGGGCCCGCUCGGGGGGGAGCAGUUCCGGGUCUCAUCCGGGCAUCCUGCACGCCAGCGGGCGCAUGGAGAAGGCGUGGCUGCCGGAGGCGAAGGCGCCGCCCCGCGGGCCCGCGCCCGCCGCGCCCGCCGCGCCCUCACAGCGCGGGCGGGGCUGACCGCGGGCGGCCCGCUCGGCGCGCUCGGACAGACGCCGCGGCAGCACCGAAAGCGCCGCUUGCCCUCAGGGCGACGAUCGGAGAGGAGACACUCGGAUAGCUGUGGCAGGGAAAGCCCCAUUCGUUCCUUGUUCGGCCUUCCGUGCUCGGACUGA